CUUCUUCUUAUCCUGCCCCAUAUAUCACUUUUUAUUGAUAACAUCCAGGACCCCGGUGCAAGUUGUACAGGAACGGACUGGACGCUUCUGCCCACGAGUCUUGUAAAACUCGAUCUCGAUACUAUUGACUGGAGGCUUCGUGUCCUAGUGCUUAUGCUAACGAGUUGCCCCAUCCCUUUUCUGAGAGCUAUCCCAGUCUGCAGCAUCUAUAUAUUUGUUAAUUCGUCAGUUGCUUAGAAGUACCGUGCCAAGGCCUAUAUCCGUCGCACCGUCGUCAUCACUGUUCCGAUGCCUCCACUCCCUAUAUCUACUGGGGUUGGCUGCUUGGAUGGCUGGCGCACAGCUGUUGAGUCACAGACUCUUUUUAGCACUGUUUUGCUAGUUUCAUUGUUUGCAAUAACCCUACGAUCAAUCGCACGUAUUCUGGGAAGAAGAAGAAAAAGCGUGUUGCUUUUUGAUAAGAAGAUGGAGGACUCAGGCGUGGGCCAAGAGAAACUGGUUGUCAAAAAACGAAAAGAUUCGUCCCAGUGUGGAGAGAUGGAUGUGUCUGCGAGAAAGCAGGUGCAUCCAGAUGCGGACUCGAAAGAGAACACCAACCCGGAAGCACAAAGACACGACACAGCUCAUCAGUCAUCAAUGGAACAAAACCAAAACGAAUACCUUGAAUCCCUCAAACAGGAAACUCUGGAACCAUCUCGUUCACCCAUAUACCCAUGGAUAGCACCGCCGCAGAGUCUUCCCGGACCAUACGACGCACCAUACUUUCCAGUUCCCUUGCCAACAAUCGCAGUCGCAGAAAUCACAGAAGAGUGCAUGAAAACGGAAGCGCCUACAGAUAAAAGGCCCGAAGAACUCGAGACUAUCCUCUAUUCACGCCGCAUCCCCACAAACAUCAGCCCAGAAAACGACACUAUCCGUGAAGGCGUCGUCACUGUCUCGACAAGAGGCUGGAGACGCAGCCAAUGGACCAUCAACACCGGAUGAUGUCGUGUUUUUUCUUAUUCUUCUUCUUUUACCCAGCAAAAAUCCGCAUACUGCCCCAUUACCCGCGCGGCUGAAAAGGCAAAAAAAAACAAGAAAAAAUGAGGCUUCUAAAGGCGUGUAAUCGACGAUACCAUCUCAAAUGUUAAUGCUUUGGGAGAAAGAUAGCAAAAACACCACGCAUCACCUCAUUUCCUGCCUACACACCUUACCCUUCUCCCCACAUUCACCUCUCAUCUCACCUGAUCCUUCUCUCUACCUGCUUCU